CUUUUUCCUCUCUCUCAAUGGCUGUUUAUACGGUACGAACUAAUGCGCGGGCCGCAGGAGGAGUUUAAGCGAAGCCAGAAGCAGUUGGUAGCCCAGCUACAGCAGCAGCUGCAGGCCUCGCUGGGCCCUCCACUGCACACAUGUCUCGGACAGGCGUUCGUGGCCCUCUACUCCGUGGGAGACACCUUCUCCAUGCACGAGAGCCUCGGGAAGUGCUGCGACAUCAUCAAGAUGAAGGAGGAUGCUGCUGCUGGCCCCUCCAAUAAUAAACUAGCAGCUAUAGAGUGUCUUGGAGCCAUCUUUCAGCAACAUGGCAGAAUGGCUGGAAGUAUGUUCCCUGAGACUGUCCAAGUACUUGUCAAGGCCAUGAGAAUACAAGAGUAUCGCAGUGAGAUUCUCGGAUGUUUUGGGCGGCUGCUGGACGGACUAGGCCCCUCCUCCACCUCUGCCCACAAGGAUAUCUACAAGUGUGUUCGUAACGGACUCACUGACAAGUCAUUGGCCGUCCGCAGCGCAGCUGCCAAGUGUGCUCUCGAGCUGUCCAAAAACUCCACCUUCCUCUACUCACAAGACCUCGACUCAUUCACAAACGCAUGUCUCCGGGCCCUCGACGGCUCCAGCUACAGUGUCCGCUGCUCCGUGGCGAGACUGCUCGGCUCCCUGCUGGCUCUGACCCAGAAACCAGUCGCCAAGUCCCUGAGAGGCCGGCUGAAGUUACCCAGCCUGGAGGAGGCGCUCAGCGUGCUGGCUAAUGGGUUUGUGAGAGGUGCCAGCGGGUUCCUGAAGUCCGGAGGGUCGGAGCUGCUCAAGAUGGGCAGCGCCAGUCGCGACGUCCGCGUCGGGAUCACUCAGGCCUACGUUGUGUUCCUGACAGAGAUGGGCGGAGUCUGGGUGGGGCGGAACCUCGCGACCAUAACGAGACACGUCCUGGAGCUGGUGUCUCAUCCCAAGACCACUCAGAGCCACAUCGAUGCCGUGUAUUCCCGCCAGUGUGUCGGGUUCAUCUUCCGCUCUGUCUUUGGCAAACUGCUCGGAGAGUCGGCUCAAUUCGUGGCCGCGAAACAGCUCUGUCAGCUCAUCGUAGCCAUGUUGACCACGCCCACCUCGUCAUCUGUGGGGGGAGGAGUCUCGGUGGGGGAGGGGGAGCAGCCAUUGGAGGGUUCGUCGGGAGGGGGGGCAACCCCUGGGGGAGGGGGAGAGAAGAAGACAGUCAACCAACAUGCCGUCAUCUGCUCCAUGCUAGAGAUAGGUGCUCUGAUCUUCAGCCUCAACACGGCUGCCCUGCCACUGGUGGUCAACGAAUCCUCCGGUCAGAUCCCGACGGAGGUGAAGUCCGGAGAGACCGGGAAACUCCCUCCCCUCCUCUCUGCUCUCCACCUCGUCCUCUGUCACUCCUCCCCCGCAGCCCGUCUCUCCGGGGCCUGGUGUGUCCAUUGUCUCGGUCUCUCCCUCCCCUCCCAGCUGAGCAGUCUCCUCACCUACUGCAUGGUUCGACUCAGCGAGGCUGCCGGGUCACCCAUAGCCACCGCUGGCUACUCAUUUGCCAUCGCGUCUCUCCUGGGAACUGCCAGGCACAGUGAACUGGGACUCCCAACUGCUAAAGCUCUGGAGGUGUACAGAGUAGCCCAGGGUCUCCUGACGAAGGCUCGGGAGGACAAGGAGAAUGGACUCACUUAUAUCCAGAGUGGCUGGGCCCUCAUUGCCGCCUACAUCAGUCUAGGUCCCACUCACGUUGGCUCGCAGCUGCGGUCACUGCUGAGCCUCUGGCGCUCCUCGUUCCCUCGCUCCAUGAAGGAGCUCGGCGACGAGCAGACCGGAGGGACUCUCAACUUCUGGACCACUGCCCUCGAGACCAGGACUGGGGCUCUUGCCUCCAUCUGCAGUUUCCUGAUGUCCUGUUCCGACAUGCUCACUGCAGACAUCACAACAAGACUUAUGCUGCCUCUAGAUUCAGCUCUCGCCAUGCUAUCCAAGUACUCACACACUAUUUACUCCACUCUCUCAUCUCCUUCCCUCUCUCCUCCUCCUCCUCCUCGUGUAUACAGACUACCGCUGCUGGUGAAGGUACAUGGGGUACAGAUAAAGGCUUGCGGAGCGAUGCUAAGACUCAGGCUCUACCAGACCUUCUCCCAUCUCUCUCCCACUGCCUAUGAAGGGAGCCUGAAUGUCCUCCUCAGGGAGUUGGUCACCGAGAUAACUCUCGCUGACAACCUCGCCAACACCACCACCACCUCCCUCCUCCGCUCCAUGUGUCACCAUGACGACAGCAUCCUCCUGGGGGCGUGGCUGGAGGAGACGGACCAGCGAAGUGUGGAGGAGCAGCUGCAACCCAACAGUGCGGCUGGCUCCGGGGCCCUUGAACACGACCCUCUCUGUGUCUUCAUGAACGGGUGUGAGGGAAUGGAGGUCCCGGGGCCCCUCCCUCUGGGUGUGGCCGUCAUUGACUCGGCGGUCCUCCUGUUUGGACAAUCGUUCCCCGCCGUGGCAGAGAAACAUCGCCACCAGCUCUUGACCCACUUCAGGGAGUGUGUUCGACAGGCAAAGGGCGCCCGGCAACUGGCUCUCCAGAUUAACAUAUUCACCGCCUUCCUUGCCGCUCUCAAGAGUCUAGUGGAGAGGAAGGCUGUUUUGGGAGAGCAGGACCUUUUCAAGAAUGCCUACGCUCUCAUAGCAAAUGCUCUGGCCAGCUCGGAUCCGAUGCUGCGCUGUGCAGCCGGAGAAGCUCUCGGGCGAAUGUCGCAAGUCGGUGGAGAUGUCAACUUCAUGUCCCAGAUAGCCCAGGGAAGUUUCAACACUCUCAAGUCGACACGUGACGCCGUACCUCGCAUGGGCCACUCUCUAGUCCUCGGCUGUCUCCAUCGCUACGUCGGUGGAAUGGGCUCGGGACAGCACCUCCAGACCAGCGUGCGGUUCCUGCACUCCCUGGCACGAGACUCUGCCAACCCCUCGGUCCAGGUCUGGGCUCUCCACGCCCUCGCGCUCAUCGCGGACAGUGGGGGACCAAUGUUUCGGAACUACGUUGAGCUCACCCUCUCUCUCGUCUUCUCCCUCCUGGUGACCACGCCCCCCUCGUUAGUGGAGGUACACCAGUGUCUGGGGAAGUGUUUGAGUGCGCUCCUCACGACACUGGGGCCAGAGCUACAGGACACGUCUGGAGGAAUGUCAGCCACUCGUAGCACGUGUCUCACCUGCUGUUCCAUUGUCCAGAGUCACCCUGACCCCAUUGUCCAGUCAGCAGCCAUCGCAUGCUCCCAGCAGCUACAGGUGUUUGCCCCUCAGUAUGUGAGUCUAGCUGAGGUGGUCCCCAUUCUGUGCCGUAACCUUGACUCCGCCCACCUGCUGCUGAGGAGAGCAGCUGCCAACUGCCUCCGACAGUUCACCCAGCGGGACCCCAACACCGUCUGGAACCUGGCCAGGAAGGUAUGGAACGAAGACACCUCUGGGUCCCAGACUGGAACCAAGUCUGAGGAUUGCGGACUAGAGCACGUGGUUCUGGCAAAGCUUGACUCGGAGAGCGACGCGAAGCUGUGUGCAGACUUACGUGAGAUUCUGUUCAGCCUCCUCACGUCUCUUGCCCCGGAGGACCCAAUGAGGUGGUUGCAGCUGUGCAACGGAGUCCUCGCUGCCGUCAACGAGCAAUCGCAGCAGGGGCAGACAGGCGGAGGGGGAGGUGGCACCGCCCGGGCGGAGGGGGCGGAGGAGAUGGAUGAAGACAUGGCAAAGUUCACGACUGGCGAGGAUCAACAACCAGCUACCAAGAUCUCUCCAAGAUGGCCGACGAAGGAGUUUGCAGUCGAGUGUUCCCGCAAGAUUUACAACGUCUGUAAGAGUGAUCCGGCGCACUUUGACCUCUCCCUGGCCUUGAAAAGAAAGAAACAGAAGGGGGGUGACUAUCUGGUGAUGCAUCUGGCAGAGUUGGUAAGGACCUCUUUUAUUGCAGCCACUGCUAGUGUGGACCAACUGAAGUUGGCUGGUUACCAGGCCCUCAGGGCACACGGCAAGUACGGUAUGAUGACCUUAUUCUUUCUUCACCCUCAGGAUGUGAUAGAGCUGUUUUCGUCUACCCCUGACCCCGACUGCCCGGGCCUCUCACUCCUUCAGCAGUACCAGGCUCAGAUUGGUGCUGCUUUGAGGCCAGCGUUCACAGCCGAAACAGCUCCCCACGUUACUGCCAUGGCUUGCCAGGUGUGCAGUGAGUGGCUGGGCGGGAGUGUGUCGGGUAACCAUGGCGACCUGAAGAGGGUCCAGCAGCUGUUGGUGUCAUCGCUGAGGAAGAUUACGUCUGAGAGAGAGCAUCCCUCGUUGUACGGAGAGGCUGUGGCUACCAUGGAGAGUUUGGCUGUCCUCCGGGCCUGGGCUGAGCUGUACAUCAAGAUAUCAGAGGAGGUUGGGCAGCAGAGUUCCCAGCCCUCGGCCGAGGAAACGACAGACUCUCCCGCCGCUGCCAUGACUCUAAUUAAUCCCCACCUCCCUCUCCUCUCCCAAUACUGGCUGGCAGCUCUCCUCGACCACGCCCACCUGGCCCUCCCGCCUCAGUUCUCCCGGCAGCUCCCUCCCGCUGGCGGGACCUUCUAUUCGCACAACGUGGCGGACGGGGUGAGACCUUACUUUGAAAAGAACUGGCCGUCUCUCCUCCACGCUGCUGCCAUCUGGUUGAAGACCACGGGACUCACGGAGGGAGACGAUGGAGCGACGCAGAAAGAAGGAGUGGGUCUCACACCACACCCCCUGAUGCCGGAACCACUCCUAUCGGCUCCGGGGGCCAGAAACACAGCUCCUCUGCUAAGCGAUCCGAAGAGAGAGAGGCUCUAUCUCGUCCUGGGGCUGGCUGUACAGACACUGUGUGCUCCAGCGACACUUGACUCUUUCCCCACACUUCUCCACUGCCUCCGUACCCUGCACAGACUCCUGGAGGCCGAUUUUGUACAGAGUGAGAUCAGCUCAGACUCGAAGCUGGCCACUGAGAUCCUGCACUUAGUACACAGGCUCCUGCUCACGUGCCAGUCACAUGACGUGCAUGUGAUAGUCAUGCAGAUUGCUGGACUCGUGGGGCAGGCUCUGGGAAGGAAGACGGAGGAGGAGGGAGAGAGGUUGGGGGAAGUUUCGUCAGAGGAAUACGAGAGAAAGCCAAUGUUUGCCCUCAUGGAGGUGUCGGCGUGCUGUCUUCUUCGCCUGGUCCCUGACCUUCGACCUGACGGGGGGGACACCUCUGGGCCUGUUAACAAGGGCACAGCGAGAGAGAUACAAGUCGCAGCUCUCGCCGUCUCCCUCCUGAUGGCUGCGUUUGAACUCUGCACUCUCCCAGAGUCAGUCGACGCUCUGCCAACAGUCCUCCACAUCCUCCUCCACACGGCCAAGUUUGCUGGCCUCGCUCAGCCCCCUCUCCUCUCCUCCUGUCUCCGCUCUCUCCACCAGCUCGUCUCAGGGCUCUGCUUCACGCACCCCGCACAUGGCCACGCCCUCUGCCACACCCUCAAAUCCGCUCUCGCCUCUCUCCUUCUCGGCAAAUCCAGCGGAGGCCUAAACCCCACUCCCUCCUCGACCAGCCCCAGGGGAGAUCUCUCUCAGACAGAGAGAGAGGUGAAACUAAUGAUCCUGACUGUCCUUGUGAAGGCUCCGUCUCCAGAGAUUUGUCCGAAUGGCUCAGAGCUGUUCACAGCUGCCACCAACCUCUUCAAGGACUGCCUCACGUCUACUGAUGAAAAGUUGCAGAUGAAAACUCUGCAGAUGGCUUUGUCUGUGUUCCAGUCCAGCGAGGUGGAGGUACGGAAUCCGUUCAUACAGUCCCUGGGUCCAGAGGUCGUGCGACUCGUUGAAAAGAAGGCGGAGCCUGUAACCACAGUGAUUGAAGCCCUCCAGGUGACUGGAGAUGUUGCUGGAGUUGACUCCAGAGACUCACAUUUUCUCCCUCCUCUCCUUCCAGAGUCAGAGAUGUUGGGUGUCCUCCUACCUCUCUUCAUCUCCUGCCUCGACUCUUCCUCUUCCUCCUCUCCCUCCCAGCAACUCCACGCCCACUCUCUACAGAGACUGAUGGCAAUUGGCCCCAAGUAUCCCGAACCCUUCAAGAACAUCAUGCAGGCCACCCCGUCGCUGCGACAACAGCUGGAGAAUGCAAUUAGAGCCGGCCAGGGGGGCGGAGGAACGGGACCAGUUCAGGGGGGUCCUAGGGAACCCAGUCGGACCCCUCAAGUUCAGCCCCCUUCAAUCAAACUCAAAAUGGACUUUAGCAAUUUCAAGUGA